AUGGAAAUCCAAUUUCAGAAAGAAGAAGCAGGAUUUUUUCAAAUCCCCCAAUAUUUAUAUUUGGGAACAAAACUUGUAAAUAUUAAAAUAAUCAAUAACAAAUGUGGAUUCGACAAUGCACUUAUAGAAAUAAUAUCAUCCACUAAACCUUUCGAUAUGAUGGUAGCAGAUCUUGUACCAUACUUACAAGGAAGCACAGAAGAACAGGCAAAAAAAUUUGAAACUGUUCUGCAAUAUUUGUCAUCAGUGCUGAAUACACAUUUUCCAUGCAAAAUAUUCAAUUUUGGGUCUUCGGCAACAGGAUUAUUCCUCAAAACGUCUGAUAUUGAUAUGCACGUGGACUUGAUACCACCUGUAACGGAUUCCGAAGAGUGCAUGACUCACCUGAAACAAUGCAUAGAAAUACUUAUGGAAAAUGACGAAUUUGACAAUGUUCUAGGUGUACUGAAAGCCAAAAUUCCUUUAAUUAAAUGCGAACAUCGUCCUACUGGUUUAAACUGUGAUAUAAAAUUUAAAGGUUCUUUUGAAGUUUCAAAUACAGCGCUGUUAAUUCAUUUUCAAUCUUUGGAUGAACGUAUUAAACCACUGUUGUUACUGAUUAAAAACUGGGCUGCAAAACUGAAUUUUUUAAGAAGACAUGCAUUAUCCAGCUACGCUCUCGCAAUGAUGACUGUUUUCUUCUUGCAGCAAAAGCAUAUGUUACCAUCUGUAUAUUAUUUGCAGUCUUCUACCUCUGACCAUGGUGAAUGGAACACCGAGUUCCAAAAAGAUGUAGAAGACAUACUAGCACUCUACAAAAGAACAUGUUCUGCAGUCAGUGUUGAUGCUUACGUUUUAGAACCGACUGACACGAUCAAAUAUCUGGCUUUACAUAUAGAUAAGAGGAUAAUCAGGAAAGAGCAGAUCAAGGAAAAGGGCAACAGCUGA